UUUGUGUAGCUAGUCGGCUAGCAGCCGCCUCGACCAAUGGCCGCGGAGGAGGCAGAUGCUCGAGGGAGGAGUUAGAGCCGGUUGUCCGGCAUAAACACGGCGGCUUAACAAGCCCAACAGCUGGAGCUCGUUUCGGCUUUGUGUAGCGCUAAUUACCGCCUGAGGUCCAGCCGUUGGUGCUGGUUCGGCUCGGAGGCCGCGAGGGGAGGAAGAGCUGAUGUUGGAUGUUUUCUGGCUCAGCAAUCAUGACAAGAAAGCAGGCUGUGAGUGAAAACAUGUCCAGUGUGUUCAGGUACCGGGUUACAAGUGUUGGUCUGUUUUAAUUAAACGGAACUGAUAGUUUGACUCUUGUUCUCUGGGAAUUCAACGUUUGGACCAUUAAAACAUGGCGGUGAAUUUGAAAAGCUGCUUCCUGACCAAACAGGUUGUGUAGAUGGAGCCCACAGUUGUGUCUGGCCCUGUGGGGCAUGCUCAGUGGGAGCCAGAGCAGCCAUUUCCGCUGGGAUUUCAACCAGUGGACCCAGACUGUAGAGCUGUUCUGAGUCCCAGCAGUACUGGUCAGACUGGUUUGGACUUCAGGAAAGGUGACUAUAACGAUGCAGCGCCUCAGAAAAGUGUGGAAAAGCCUGUAGCCCUGGAGGACCUCAUCACAGUCUCAGCUUUUUCCUGUGAGGAUCUGCAGCUGGAAGACAAACAAGCCAGCGCCUACCUGCAAGGAUUGACUUUAACUGAAAGUUUUGAGGAAAUCAGCGACAGCACUUUGUCGUGGCUCUUCUCUCCAAAUCUGACUGACGUGAUGAGGAAGGAGUUGACUUUAAAAGCAGAUUCCCAUGAGGAAUCCAACGCCGUCGCUGAUCAGGGCGAUCUAAUAAGCCUCGGCUCUCCUUUUAACGUCUCCAGGAGGAAUUCUGCAGAGCCGUUUCUGCUGGUUGACCUCUCUGGGGUCACCCAGGACUCGCCCAGCGAGUUAAACGCUCAGAUUGCUGCAGAGGAGCAGGCAGCGGUCCCUCCCUCUCAGACUUUGUCACCUGAAACCGGAGACAAAGGUUUAUUCCCUGAUCAAGUGACUGAUCUGCCUUUAACCAGCAGCUCUGCUGAGAGCUGCCAUUCGCCGCCUUUGUUGGAUUUCGAUAGUCCUGCUUCUGUUGUACCAAAAAAUGAGGCUCAGUCUGCUGUAAGCGGCCAUGUUCCUUCUGAGGAAAGGAGUGAAAACGAUGAAGACGCUGUGGAUUUGAUGGAAGACCCAAGUAGUUACUCUGCUAAAACACAGUCAAACCAGGAGGAAAUGGCUCUGGAUCUGUGUUUGACUGCUGAGGAGGUUCAUGAUGAUGAUGGUGGUUCAGAGGAGAGGCAGCAUCAGGUGGAGGCUUUUGAUUUAAACCAGCCUCCUCUGCCGGCGGCAGCGGGAAACGCCAGCCAAGACGACAUGUCUUCUCUGAAAGCGGUGUUCGACGCCUUGGACCAGGAUGGAGAUGGCUUCGUCCGCAUCGAGGAGUUUUUGGAGUUUGCGGCGGUCUACGGGGCAGAUCAGGUGAAGGACCUGACCAAGUGUUUGGACCCCAGCGGUCUCGGCGUCAUCAGUUUUGAGGAUUUCCACAGAGGAAUCUCUGCCAUCAGUGAUGGAGCAGGCCCAGAACUGCAACUCUACAGCUACAACCCGGGGGACGGCGCCGGCGGCUGCCCAGAGGAGUACGACGAGCAGAAUGAGGUGACGGACAGCGCGUACCUGGGCUCAGAGAGCACCUACAGCGAGUGCGAGACCUUCACAGACGAGGACACGGGAGCGCUGGUUCCCCCAGAGAUGCACGAGGACGUGGAGACGGACAGCGGCAUCGAAGCCACGCUGCACGACCCCGACGAUCGGGGAAGCAGGUUUUCCCUGACCUCGGAGCUCCACAGCCACUCCCUGGUGACGGUCAUCAGCGGAGAGGAGGAGCACUUCGAGGACUUUGGGGAGAGCAACACGUCAGACCUGCUGCUGGAGAGCAGCGUGGACGACUCCAUGGGGAAGGGCGACGCCACGCUGUCCCCGCCGCCGGAGCAGAUCAACGGCUGUGCCGUCAUUUCCCCCAGCGCCCCCGCCUGCCUCCCUGACUGCUUCCAGAGCUUCCUCAGGGAGGAGGCGCUGGACUUUUUCUGUAGCCAGUGUCACAGGCAGAUCAGUCGCCUGGAGGAUCUGUCCACACGCCUCAAUUUCCUAGAGAUGACUAGCGCCGGGAAGCGGCUUUCCAGCAAGAAGGUGGCGAGGCAUCUGCUGCAGAACAGCUCCAUGACGCUGGACACCAUGAGCGACCUGACGCGGGACAUCCUGGAGCUCGCCGACAACGACAUCACAGACAAGGUGCUGCUCCUGGAGCGGCGCGUGGCGGAGCUGGAGAAGGAGUCGGAGGCGUCGGGCGAGCAGCAUGCCCGGCUGCGGCAGGAGAACCUGCAGCUGGUGCACCGGGCCAACGCGCUGGAGGAGCAGCUGAAGGAGCAGGAGCUGCAGGCCAACGAGCAGCUGCAGCAGGAGAACCGCCGCCACAAGGAGGCGCUGUGCAAGCUGGAGAGGGAGAAGGGGCUGGAGCUGGAGAACGCCCAGGCCCGGCUGCAGCAGCUGGACGAUGAGAACAGCGAGCUGCGGUCCUGCGUUCCCUGCCUCAGAGCGAACAUCGAGCGACUGGAGGAGGAGAAGCAGAAGCUCCAAGACGAGGUGGAAACUCAGACAGACAGGCUGAACGAGGAGACGGAGUCCCGCAGGAAGAUGGCCGACAAGCUGAGUCAUGAGCGCCAUCAGAACCAGAAGGAGAAGGAGAGCACCCAGGAGCUGAUCGAAGACCUGCGGAAGCAGCUGGAGCAUCUUCAGCUCUACAAGCUGGAGGCCGAGGCCAAACGAGGCCGAACCCCCGGCGCCGGGCUGCAGGAGUACCAGACCCGGACCCGGGAGGCCGAGCUGGAGCAGGAGAUCAAACGACUCAAACAGGACAACCGAACUCUGAAAGAGCAGAACGACGAGUUGAACGGACAGAUCAUCAACCUGAGCAUCCAGGGAGCCAAGAACCUGAUGUCGGCCUCCUUCUCCGAUUCCCUGGCAGCCGAGAUCAGCUCCGUGUCUCGGGCCGAACUCAUGGAGGCCGUUCACAAGCAGGAGGAGAUCAACUACCGGCUCCAGGAUUACAUCGAUAAGAUCAUCGUGGCCAUCAUGGAGUCCAACCCCUCCAUCCUGGAGGUCAAAUAGACCUCAGGCGCCGCCGCCGCCUCCACAGGCUGUGAACUUAUUUAUAACUAACACCUGGCACCAGGAAAACCAGGGAGAGGAUGUGAAAAUUAAUUUAUUGGACCUUCUUAAACACUCACGACUCCAGACUGGUUUAGAAAAGACGACGAUGAAUUUCUACAAAGUCCAAGGCUGUCAGUAAAAAAUAAGCUUGUUUUUGUUUCUUUUCGGUUUGAGUGGAUUUGUGCGUUAGCUUCCCGAGCGCCGUUGGGUUCUGGUGACUUCCAUUAUUUGGCUGGAGGAACCGAGCCCCCCCUGGUGGCUGAAUGUGGAAAUGCAAGUGUACAUUAGCUCCUCUUUUAUUCCCAAUCAGUUUCUAAUUGACCUGAAACGGAUCUGCUAGCUCUACCAAAACGCCUUAGAGGAAGGUUAGUCAAAGUUUCAUUCUGCUGAGCGCCAUAAGCGACUCGGUCCGACCCGAGGAAACCGACCCAGGCUGAGUCGUGUUUUCACAAACCGAAUGAAGCGCAGGUCAGGGGUCAACAACGGCUGUCUGUGAAGCUCAACCCGAUGAGGAAAGUUUCUCCUGAUCAGAAACUCCUCCAGGGUUUUGUGUGUGUGUGUGUGUGUGUGUGUGUGUGUGUGACGUUGCUUUUUCUGUGUUUGUGUGAUCCAAAAUGGCAACACUAAAUGCGGUGAAAAGCAUAAAACAAUCAUUCCUGUAGGGAGAAACUGACCAGAUGAAAGAAGUGAUUUAUUGUUUGGUUUAUGUUUACAAUUAAACAGGGUCCUGGAUGUCAGGCGGGCUGGAAUAGCGCUACAUGCAUUUAAAGGGCCAGCUGGGGAAAACACACGUCUUCCUCCCUGCAGUCUCUCUCUGCGUCGAUUCAGGAUAAACCCAGAGAACUCGGCCCCGCAGCUCAAUGAGUUAGCCGUUAGCUGUAAACCUCCAGAAACAUCAGUUUGGUUUCGGUGAAUCUUAACCUUUAAACAGUAAUUUACAGAAACAGAUCAUUGGAGGCGGUGCGCCACUAAAAGUCUUCCUGUCAGAAAAAGUGAAGCUAACGACUACUAUGAAAAGAAUUAGCAGGUAACCUCAAAAGAUUAAUCAAAUUCACAAAAAUCACAUUGAUAAUUUGAACAGUGAUUGACAGAGGUAAUUGUUUGUGUGGUGGAUGGAGGCGGUGCACCACCAAUAGUCUUCCUGUGUGAAACGCUUAGGAAGAACAGAAAAAACUGUCGCAUUUAUAGUCGUUUGUUUUCUAAGCAAUGGAAGAAGCUAAACAUUCAUACAAAUUGAUUUGUUUGUGUAUCUGGUACUUAUGAUCAGGAAGACUAUUGGAGGCGCACCACCUCUUUAGUUCCCCAUCUGAAGAUGGGGAGUUUUUGUUUUUUUUAAAAGGAAAACUCUGCAAACAAUGUAACGGUUAGCUUGAGGCUAGUGCUAGCUCUGGAUUUACUCCGUAUGACACUGCAGUGUAAGAUAUUGACUGCUCAUAGCUCUUCAACAGAACCAGUGAUUCUGUCCCUUUAAAUGAAUCCCGACCAACCCACUAUCCCAGUGCAGCCCGCCUGAUCCCAGCGUCGUCUUGCUGAGCGAAGCAGGAAAGUUUAACGUGUUUUUACUGCAACGAUGAAAUGCCGGCAUUUUGACAAGUUGUAUGUGAAGAAUUUAGCGUCGUGUUUUGCACUAUGAUUUUUUUUUUUGGAUGAAAGGAUUAAUUGUAGGAAUCUGUUGGAGAAGGAACCGUAUCACACUACGACGCCAUGUUGAGUCGAACAUAUCCGAUGAUUCUGCAGCGUUUCUUUAAAUGCAACUCUGAGCAUCAAGCUUGGAGAUUUCAGACAUUUUUGUAGCAAUAAUGCAGGAUAAGAAAUGAAUGGAGGGUAAUUCUUCUUUUCUUCUGCUGGGUGAAGACAUCAUGCACCACGAACAGUUUCUGGACUCUUAACGCCGACCUUUGACACCAGUACGUCUGAUUUCCUUGUUUCUUCACUCUGUCUGCCUCUUUCUCACUGCUCUUCACUUGCCACGCCAUGAAGGAAUAGACAAAAAAAAAAACAAUGGCCUUGGAUGUAAAUGUCUUGUAAAGUUUUUUUCUACACUCAUUCUAGAUUCUAGGUAUUUUUCUAGUCGCAGCAGAGGAGCGGAAGGUCGCCUGUGCCAUGUAGCAUGUAGCGUGUACAGUUUCCGUCGGGGUUCUUCGUCUCACGCCGGUAUUUAUUCAAUAUGAUACACUGACCUGUUCUGCUGAAACAAACAUGUUUGUGCUUUAUUGAAUUCACAUUUAUUGACACUGAUCAUUGUGGCGGGAGAGUUUUAGCGAGGUGAGAGUCAGCGGAGCUGCACAAGAUGGCCGCCUGAGGCCGGCGCGCUCUUCCGUGAAGCGUUCUUCCUGUCUUCCCGGAGGGAGUCGGUCCUGCAUGGAUGCACAGAGUUCUUGUACAUCUCUGAUCCACGAUCACUAAGAUGACAUUUUAAAACCUCCUGGCUUUCACAAGGGUGAAAAAGGUUUAAAGUUUAAUAAUUCCUGAUUUCUUUGAGUGAAAAUACAACAUAGAUGCAUUUAGGUGUUUUAUUAUGCCUGCAUAUUUUUUAUUUUUGUAGAUUAGAUUUGCACUUUGACCUGAUCCAUCGUCUCAUUUCCUGGUUUAAAAAUGCCCAAAGACUGAUUCUGUUCUGGAUUUUUUUCUGAAAGAAACUGACCUGGUAGCAGAGCCGGUCCAACAAAAUCUAUGGCCUUUGACAGAACGUGGUUUUGGGCCCCCAAACGACCAUCACAGCUAAAAAAUACACACAAAUUAAAGCAGUUUUUUCUUCUAGUGCUACUUCUAAGAUGUUGGCCUGUUAAACCAAACAUAUUUUACUCUGUUUUACUGUCUGUCUGUCUCUAAGGCGCUAAGUUGCUGCUCAGUUUGCUUCUACCUUGGUCCGGCUCUACCUGUAGUCUAAACACUGUUUCUCUCUAAACCUGAUGAUGAGCCCUGGGUAAAGUCAGUUGGUUUUAAGUUAAGCGAUAUACAUCCAAGCUGUAAAUAUGAACAUUUUUGCAGACUUCUUUCCUGUUUCCUUCAAAUGCGUCUGAAGGUUUGCUGAAGGCGUCGCCAUCAGUCUUGCUCAGCUUGUGUGACGGAGAAGGACGGGAAGCAAAUACUGUAGAAAAGAGAAUCUGUAAGAAGUAAAUUUAUUCCUAUUUUCAAAGAUAAAUGUAUAAAUUAAUGUAUAAAUUAUAACAGUAUUGGGUACAGCUGUAUAAUAUUUUUGGAGCUCCCUACAAAUGAUUUACUCCUAAUUGUUACUGGGGAAAUAUCUCAUUUAUUGUAAGAAGAGAAUUUAAAGGUAAAAAGUGGAAGUAAGAAUAGAAUAAAUAAAUGGAAUAAAAUAAA